GCAACACUCGAUUGCGUGGCUGUUUUAUGGGUCUACAGGUAGAAAUUAAUAUUGUGUUAAAUCCCUAUAUUUAUGACAUGAUUGCUCUGGUAAAAUUUGGAUAAAUUGAUUCAAUUCAACAGCCAGCCAGAAUCAGGCUUUUACAGUCAGGUUUGCUGUUUUUGCUGCUGCAUAACUUCCCUUCUCGUCAGCUCCACCUGCAAAAUUCCUCUGACAUCACCAGGAAGCGGAGCUAAGCUUUUAUAGGACUCCUCUCUCAAAGCUGGCCACACAAAACCAAACUGCUCUUACUGCUGCUGCAACAGACAAAACAUCCAUGAUGGAGACUCUGGUUUCUGACGACCAUAACCGCCGAAGGAUCGGGGAACUAGAGAAGUCCUUCCGUCCAUCACGGCUGCAGCUUUCAAGAGAUGGUCGAUUUCUGAAAGGCGAGGGGCCCCUGAUGAAGCAGGGCCGCAAGAAGCGGGAGCAGAAAAUGUUCUUCCUCUUCAACGACAUCCUGGUGUACAGCAGCAUCAUCAUGAACAACCGCUGGUACAAGAACCCCAAGAUCAUCCCGUUAAAGGACGUCAAGCUGAACGACAUGGAGGAUUCUGACGAGGUGAAGCACCAGUGGCUGAUCUGCACACCUCGCAAGUCCUUCCACGUGUCGGCCUCCUCCGGCGAGGAGAAGAGAGCCUGGAUAGAAAAUUUCAAAGCCGUGCUGCAGGACCAACCAGACCGCCUUUUCGCCAAAUCCUGGAUCCCCGAUUGUGCUGCUGAGAAGUGCAUGCGCUGCCUCGCCACGUUCACCGCGACCAACCGGCGACAUCACUGCAGGAAAUGCGGCUUCGUGGUGUGCAACACGUGCUCCAAGGGCCGGGCCCUCAUCCAGCACAUCAACCCCAACAAACCGCUGAGGGUCUGCAAAGUCUGCAACAAAACGGAGGGCGACGAGAACGCACGCCCGAGGGGAGAUAGCAAUCAUUCAGAAAAAACACCCAGUGGUGAUGAACAUUGUCCAGUCCUCCAGCUUUAAUCCCACUGUGGGUUGAAAUUGACGUGGUGUAACAGGAACCUGAAGUCUAGUCGCGUGUCCCCCCUUCUUUAGAGAAAAUGUGGCCAAGGUGAGAAAUCACAGAGAGCAUCUAAAAUCUGUGUUAGGAGAAGAGUUGAACAUGGAGGGAGAGAUCGACAUCAAUGUGUUGAUAAGACCUGACAAGACUGGAAAUCAGCAACACAACCGCUACACAACGCUGGACUCUCGAUGAAAAUGAAGAAGCUCCUCCAACACUCAGAAAGUCAUGAAGUAUUUAAAAAGUAUACGGCAUUCUGAAAGUAUUGUAGAUAUAUUUAGCUAUGUUUGUCAUAGAUUAACCUGUCACGUUGUCUAUGCCAAAUGUCUCCGUGGGAAUAUUAUAAUAUUGUUUUUGUUAAUGCGCUUGUUGUAAAACCGCUGCUGCAACUUUAUCAAUAAAAAUACAUGUGCAGUAAAUGUAAAG